AUGGCAACUAUGAAAGCACUUGUCUACCACAGCAAAGAUAACUUCAGCCUUGUCGAGCGACCGAAGCCGACGGUGAUCGUAUCGACCGAUGCUGUCGUCAAACUCGUCAAGACUACCAUCUGCGGGACAGACUUGCACAUCCUCAAGGGCGACGUACCUACCGUCCCGCAGGGUCGCAUCCUUGGGCACGAGGGCCUUGGCAUCGUAGAGUCUGUCGGAACGAACGUGACCACAUUCAAACCCGGGGAUCGCGUCAUCAUCUCCUGUAUCACCGCGUGCGGGUCGUGCGACAUGUGCCGCAAAGGCAUGUUAUCGCAUUGCACAACAGGCGGAUGGAUGCUUGGGCACAGGAUUGAUGGCACGCAGGCCGAGUACGUGCGCAUCCCUCACGCGGAUUCGUCGCUACACCAUGUGCCGGCUGGUGUGAAUCAGGAUGCGCUCGUAAUGGUGAGUGACGUCCUUCCUACGGCACUCGAGUGCGGGACCGUAGUCGGGAAGGUCUGCCCCGGUUCAACUGUCGCGAUCGUCGGAGCAGGCCCGAUAGGCCUCGGGGUGAUUAUGACGGCACAGUUGUACUCGCCGUCGAUGAUUAUUAUGAUUAGCCGCAACCCGUACAAGUUGGCAAUGGCGAUGAAGCUCGGAGCGACGCACAUCGUACAGGCUGGGCCGAAUGCCGUACGACAAGUGAUGGAAAUCACUGGGGGAAAGGGUGUGGACACGGCGAUUGAGGCGGCGGGCGUACCUGAGACGUUCGAAUUGUGCCAAGAGCUGAUUGCCGUCGGUGGGACCAUUGCGAACCUGGGUGUCCACGGGUCCAAGGUUGAUUUGCACCUGGAGAAGCUCUGGGAUCGGAACAUUGCUAUCACGACACGUCUGGUGGAUACAGUUACUUCACCGAUGAUCAUCAGGCUCUUAGAAUCGGGGAAGCUGGACUCAAAGCCGUUGGCUACUCAUACCUUCAGCUUUGGACAGAUGGAGUCGGCAUAUGUGUCGUUCCAGGCAGCGGCUGAGAACAAAGCAUUGAAGGUCAUCAUCAAUUUCGAAUAA